AUGGAGAAGAAUACGAUCACUUUCGGAGACAAGACACGCUAUUUGGUGCUGGCUGUCGGGUGAGUUACACUGUAAGCGAAACAAUUCGGCUAUCCUAUUGUUGUAGCCUAUGGUGCAUCGUGUGCACAAAUGGCAACUACAAUACGAUCAACUUUACGGUGAUUUGUAUGCAAGAUGUGAUAGAGAAACAAUCGGUUGCUAACCAAACUCGUAAGCGUUUUAUUGCAUUGAAAGAGCACACAAAUCUAUUGUCAGAUUGGCUCGAGAACACUGCGGACGUCUCGUUCAUCUUCUCGGCCGGGGCAGUUGGAGCCAUCAUCGGACUCAUUCCCUCGGUCCCCCUGACCACUCGGUUCGGUGUCAGGUACCUCCAAUUCACUGUAACCCCUCAGAUACUGUUCCCUUUCAGAAAUGUCCUAUCUUUCUACGGUUUGCUCUCCGCUUUGGCCACAUUGGCAAUCCCAUUCGCAGUCUCCUUGGGCUAUUACUCUGUGAUUGCUGCCAGAAUGAUCCAGGUACGUUUUCCAAGUGAAUAUUGUCCGACUACAAGAUCUCUAGGGCUUCGGAGCCUCGAUUCUCUUCUCAUCGAUCGGAAGCAUUUCCGAAGGAUGGUCUCCUAUCUCGGAAAUCAGUACUUAUGUCGCAUUUUUGUCCUCUGGCUUUCAGGUAACUCAAUACUGCUCUUUCUGGACAGUAUAUCUCAGAUGCUGAUGGAGAUAUCAAAACGUUGUCAAUAUUUUGUACAUUUCGAUAGUUGACAGCGUUUUGAUAUCUCUACAGAAAGCCGAGAUACAUUCAUUUUCCUUCAGAUCAGCAACAUCAUCUCGAUGCCAGUUUCGGGCGUUCUUUGCGAGUCCAACUGGGGUUGGCGCUCCAUUUAUUAUCUGUUCGGAGGCGUUGCCGUGCUCGCCAACAUUGCAUUUUUCUCAUUUUUCCGCGAUUCGGCCGCAGUCCACAGGUGGCUUUUCUAGGACACGGCCGGCCAUCAUUGUCCGUACUUUCAGAAAUGUGAGCCAUAAAGAGCUACGAAAGAUCUCAACUGGACGGCUUCCAACUUCUGGAAGACAAUCGGUUCCCUACCUGGCCAUUUGUAAGGAUAAAGUGGUUUUAUCGAUUUGGGCAGCGGUUAGUGUUUAUGGUCUGACUUUAAGAAAUGGAACACAAUUUUCCAGGCAAUCGGAGGAAACAUGUCGCUAAUGACGCUGAUGACCUACGGUCCCACUUAUCUGAACAAAGUGCUGGGCCUGGACGUCCGCGAGACGGGCUUCUCGAACGCGGUCCCUUACAUUCUGGCAGCGGCGGUCAAGUUCGUCGCCGGACCGCUCUCGGAUCACCUGACAUUCAUCCCCGAGGUCUGGCGAAUGGUCUUCUUCGCCGCGGUCUCUCAGGGCGGUCUGGCGAUCGGAUUCUUCGUAAUGGCGCUCACGACCUCAAGAGUUGUCGCUCAAAUCGCGUACACGUGUGCCAUUGUCCUCGCCGGUAUCAAUAUUGUCGGAGUUGUGAAGUGUGCCCAAAUGGUCCUCAUCUUCUCGUCUUCUAAACUUCCACUCAACGCCUUCUUUCAGGUUGCCCGUCAGUACGUGCACUUUGUGAUGGCCGUGAUUUCGCUGAGUGCCUGGGGCGCCAUCUUCGUUCUUCCCAUAAUGAUCGGAAUCGCGUGUCCGAAUCACACUGCCGACGAGUGGGCGGUCUUUUACAUUGCCGUCGGAAUCUGGGUGAUCGUGAUGAACAUUCCGUUUCCGUUUCUCGCGACGAUGGAAGCCGCCGACUACACGAAGCCGGAAUGGGAGGCAAAAGUUGCUCCGUCGGAUGAGCAACGAGUUUGA